CACACACACACACACACACACACAGACACACACACUCGAGCAGGCAGCAGCAGCUUUGUAGUGACUUAUUGCGCUCCGGAGCUGCAGCGUCGCGGCUGAGGAUGCGGUGACAGCAACGCAAACACACACGAGGAGAAGAAGAAGAAGAAGAAGAAGAAGAAGAAGAAGAAGAAGAGUCCUGCGUGAGUGUGCGUGCGUUCAUUUUGGAUUAGUGAGUAGAUCUGCGCCUCCUCCUCCUCCUCCUCCUCCUCCUCCAUUGUCAACCUGCCGGGGGCCUCAACGUGAAGCCGGUUUUAUGAAUGGGAUGCUCGGUUUCCAGGCUGACUGCAGUUGAGAAGCGUCGAUAUUCAUUCCAGGGCCUCUAACAAGGAUUAUAUCCAAAAAUUUGGAAGCUGCCUUCGUCGCCUGAAAGCAUCUUUCGUUACCUCUUUGUGCAAAACAAAGCGGCGAAUCAUCCACCAUGCCAAUCCUCAAACAGCUGGUGUCUGGCUCCCAGACCAAGCGCCGCUCGCGCAUGGACCUGACCAGGGAGAUGAUCAGCGCGCCGCUGGGCGACUUCCGCCACACCAUGCACGUUGGCCGCAGCGGCGACGCGUUUGGAGACACGUCCUUCCUCAGCACCCGCUCAGGAGAACCUCCCGAGGCCACGUCCUACCCCAGCUCCCCCCGGCCCGGCCUCCUGUCUCGCACCUUCAGGAGCAGCAAGCGCUCCCAGUCGGUGACCCGAGUGGACCAGCAGAGAGACAACUCCCUGAUGGCGCCCGGUGGGUCGCCCACCUAUGUGAAGAACGCCAUGUCUCUGCCCUUCCUUAAUGACGGGGACAGAGACAGCAUGGUGGCAAAGAGUUUGUCCUCCAGUCCUUUGAAGCAGCAGGAGGUGGACGGGAGCGGAGCCGCCGCCGCCACUCACUUCCUGGAGCUGCAGGAGCGAAGCUUCGGCGAGCUGACGGAGCUCCCGGAGAGCUCCCACCACUACGGAGGCGGCAUGAAGCACGCCGAGUCGGUGAUGUCCUUCCAUGUGGACCUGGGUCCCUCCAUGCUGGGAGAGAUUUUAGGGGUGAUGGAGAAGGAGGAGGACGAUCUCGGCUACGAGGAGGGCAAGAGCAGCGAGGGGAGGGCCUCGCCGCCUCUCAGCACUCACGGUGACGAAGAGGAGGACAGCGUGGAGAGACAUAAAGACGAGGAUGCAGAGGAGCAGAUGGAGGCCAAGGAUGAGGAGGAGGAUGAGGAGGAGGAGGAGGAAGGAGAUCUGCAGCCGCAUGCUGGCAGCUCUAUUGAUCUGGGUCCUGAGCACGGAGGGCCCUACACCCCCGAGUACACUCCCGAGACCCGACCCAAACACUUGCAGCAUCUGGACAGCUGCUCCAUGUCCAGCUCCAGCUCCGCCGCUCUGGACGAGAAGCCGAGCAGCCAGACGUACGCAGGAGACACGGACAGCGCCACCUUCAGCGCGCCGCCGGAGGAGGAGAACAACUUCUCCUCGUUCCUGGAGGAUGAAGACGACGAGAUCCGCGUAUGAGAAUCCAACAGCCUUGUUCAGAAAAGAAAAAAAAUAAAUAAAAAAGAAUACGGGACACAGAUCAGGAAGAGGGGUUUAUGUGGAAAAAAAAAGGCGAGUCCUUUUGACGGUGUGGAUUUGCACUUGAAUGGGAAUAAGUCACUGUUGUGGGGUUCUGUGGGGAGUAGAGCUGUGAAGACGAGGGAGGACUCGUGCUUCUGUCGGCCUUGCGAGGAGAGAGUGACUGCUCCUUUAGGACGAGCCUGAGCUCCAUCUGUCAGAGAGCCUCAUCCUCCACUUCUCUGCACGUCUGUCAAUCCUGCCUCCACCGUUUGAACGCCCGCGGGGGAGCUGACACGGAGGAGCAGCCACUUUUUAAAAUAUGGAACAUUCCAGGAGUAAGACGGGGACGACUGUUAGAGAAGAAACUUUUGUAGGAAAAACACUUUCCAUAACUGAAGCUCGGCUCUGACUCUCUCUCUCUCUCUCGUCACAUGUGCUUUUUACAUUUGCUUCUUGUUGUCCUUUCCUUCUGUCUGGCUGUGGGACUGAGCUGAAGGACGAGGCCUCCGUCACCGCACCAUCACUGCUUUAGGUGUCACAAUAAAAAAGAGGGCUGUGUUUUUCAAGCCCUGCCUUGAGCUCCUCUCAUCUGAAACCGUCACAGUAAAAAAGUGCCACGAGAUCUGUCAGAGGUUGUUUUUUUUUUCCUCCCUUAUGCAACUCGGGGCCUCUCGUGACGGCGCCUCAAAAAAACAAAAAAAAAAGGGCUGCCAUUUCCUGCUGUGACGCCGGACCACGAAGCCCAAAAACCAAAAUUCCCUCCUUGUUUUAAGUUCUCUGUGAGGCGCCACGCAGUCGAGGUCGAGGCUGUACAUCGGCCUGCAUUUACUAAAAAGCAGCGAGGUGUUACUACAGGAAGCCAGAGGUGUGAGGAGUGGUGGGUGUGUGUGGCGCUGGCGAGGGGCACCGCUUGUUCAAUCGGGUGAUAUUUAUUUUAAUUUUUUUCUUUCUGACCCCCCGAAGCCGUAAAGACGAUGAUUUUACAAUUGAACUGGCCAUCUUCCUCUCUGACUUAUCUGCUAUUUCAAGCUGAAACUGAGACGACUUUGAUAACCACUUCCUUCCUCGUUCUCAAACAUCCUUGCUGCAGCUGCAGUGGUGCAACUGAACCCUGUAAAAAAAAAAAAAAAAAAAAUAGACGUCGCUCCUCAUUAAUCCAGCCUUAACGUAGAGAAACGGUUCCCACUCACUACCACUGACGAGGAGCUUUUUGUUAGAAGAAUCAGAGCACUGACGCGCCUGAUUUGAAGCAGACACUACUAGUAUUUACUGUUUAAUACCCGGUGUUGUUGUUGUUGUUGUUGUUGUUGUUGCUGUUUGUUGUUUCAUAUCUUUGGAAGAAAAGAAAAUCUUUGCUACGUUUUGUGUCAUCCGUCUGAAGAAUGGAUGAAAAAGAGAGGCACAGCCAGCGAUGGAUGCGAGAGCAUUAAGAAAAGAUUUCUAUUUUUACACAAGUUGCUCCGUCAUUGCAGCUUCACUGUAUCUCUUGCAUCAUUAAAGGCUGCGGCCAGAAGAGUCGAGGCUCCGCCGCGCUGAUUGAUUUCCACUGCCUUAACUGAAACUGACAGAUGUGCCAAAACCGUAAUUUUUCUAGCCAAAAAUAAUUCAAGCUCACUUUCUUUUUUCUUUUACUUCUUUUCUUUUCUUUCUUUUUUUAUGGGAGAGUCUGUCAGGUCUGUCUGUCACGUCCUUUCUGUGUGUUUGCAGGUAAAUCACUGUUUCAAUCAGAGUCUCAGCUCCGAGGUUAAAGAGUAAAAAUAGAGUUCUGAGAUGCAGGAAGAAGGAGAAAAAGAAAAAGAGAGAGAAUGAACUCGCAUAACUGGAUAUUUAUACUCCCAAUCACUCAAAACACUACAUAAUAUAUAUUCAGGUAAUAAUAACGGUUAAAGGGACAGUCCACCCCGAAAUCAAGAAUGUAUUUUUUUCAUUUUAAGCUGUAGUGCUUAACUGUAGUGCUGUCACGAAGUUCAUAUAUUAAUUCUGAAAUAACUUUCUGGGAGUCUACUACCAUUUUUCAUCUCAACAAAAACAAAACAACACAAUAGGUGUUUGCUUUUAGCCCACAGCCCACCAUUAACUUUCACUUCUGCAGUGGAAGGGAAAAAGUUCAGGCGCCCCUGAGAUGGAUUGUUUUGGCGCGAGGGUGUCGAGCUCUGGAGGGAUCGGCUGUAGAAAACUCCACAGAUGGUCCACAGGCCUUGUUGCCAGCAGUUUUAUCCUGGAACUUUUCUUCUUGUAUCACUGCGCUGAAGGAAGCGUGCAUCUACACAGGGAUGAGAGGCUAGCUGACUAAGCCAACGCUGCAGCUCAUGCACGCCUCCUUCUGCAGGCUCUGCAUGGAGUUCGGUUGAGAGUAAAAUAGUUCCUGGAUGAAGCUGCUCACAGCGAGGUGAGAGGAUCAGAAGCUCGCUGACGAAGCCGACUGUGAGAGCGCCAUUAGUGACAGAAACAAAGAGGAAGUGUUAGUUAGCUCACCUGUCGUCAAUGAGCGGGUGCACGCUUGCUUUUGCACAGUCUGAAUUGGGAUUAAAUGCCUUUUUUUAAAAUUUUAUCUUUACUUUUUUGCUACGAUGGAUUUAUUUGUUUGUAUUCCAGAAGGAAGCCUGUAUCUACUGUUCUCCAUCUCGCCUCAUCAUAUCAGAGAGACAGCAGAUUAUAGAGAUGGAUUUAAAAAACAACUACAGGUAAAAGGAAAAAUAUGCAUAUUUGAUUUUGAGGUGAGCCGUCCCUUUAACAACUGAGUGUGAAUGGAGGCUGUCGGUGACGCCCUCUCUGUAUAAUGUUGUAUAUUCUGCCUUACUGUCUUCUGUUCUGUAUAUUUACGGCCUUUUUUUCUCUGUUAUCCAAAAAUAACCUAUAUUUUUCAAUAAAAGAAAUCCUGAACAUCUUCA